UGUGCCAGGUAGUUGUCUAGAUGUGGACCAAUUUUGGAAAUGAAAAUGAUGAAUGUGGAUUUGACUCUAGAUAAUUCUGUACUCACAACUAUAAGUUAAAGGCUCACAUUGUUAGAGUUACCUACAUUUGAUGGCCUUAGCUCUUUAAAUGUGGAUGACAUUCAGCAUUAUAUCUGUGAAUUUCCUUAGGAAAAGAAAAGAUCCAGUCUUUAUACUUUUUCUUGGAGGCUAAAUUUACCACAUAUGGAAGUGAAAAAAUUGUAGCAAAUGGCUUUAUUUUUUUAAUGGAGUUAAUUCCUUUUCCUACUUUGAAUCACUUAUUUCCCAAAUAUGAAUAAAGGGAAAGAUCAGCACCUUCCCCCCUCCCCCAGGCAAUUUUUGUUGUCUGUCUCCAUUUCCCAAUCCUAUUUACAACGAAUUACGGGUAUCCCUCUUAAGUCCCUGUAGUGCUUUUUUUUUAAGGGGGGGGGGUCACAAAUACCUUUGAAAAUCUUAUGGAAGUGAUGUACCCUUUCCUUGGGGGAAAAUGCACAUAAUAUAUAUAAUUUUGCUACAACCUCAGGGUCAUCACUUAAUCUUCUGAAACCCAAAUUAGAAAUUUUUGCUCUGAGCAAACUAGAAAACUGUAAUACAAAUAAUUGAUUAAAUUAAGAGCUAUUGGCUUAAAAGAUUUCAGAUUGGAAUUUUAUCAUGUGGUGGCCCCUACUAGUGAAAUGUGACAUUGCAACUAGCUUUGUUAGACUUUAUAACAUCCAGAUAGAAGGGAAAGAGAAGUAAAGUUAGGAGAGCUAUUCAUAAGGAGUCAGGUCACCUCCAGAUAUGGGAGCCAUUCCUGGUUCAAGGUAGGGGGCAAGGUGCCUGACAAGUUUAGCAGGGUAGAGUUUGAUAAACCACAAUGCUCAGGAUGCCAAGGGGUUAGCCAUUAUCUUAACCUCUUCCUCACCAAAAGAUUUUAGUUUUGUCUGUUGGGGGAAAAAAAAAAAAAAAAGAUGGCACUAGGGAAAAAUAAGUUGCCUUACAACUUUGCUGGAACACAUCAGUUUGGUGAAGUAUGGGACACUAGUAUUAUUUUUGAGAAGGUGCAUAAAACCAAAGUAAAUUAUUCUCUAUGUAGAACAUUAUUUACUAGUAACAUUUGUUUGGGUGUAUUAGCUUUGACAAUUUUUACCAGUAAAUACUGAUUUUUUUUAAAACUGGGAGUCCAGUUUACAUAUAGGAUAGUUGGUAUAUCCGUCUCUUCCCCAUGUAAAGAGUAGUCUAAAAGACUUACGCAUACUUUUUACUUUUCUGUCUUGACGCCAUGGGGUGGGGGUGGGGGAGGACUUUGAGUCAACCCCUGACAAAUGUCUCCAAAUUAACAAAUCCAGACGCAGCACUUUAAGUCUAAUUCCACGUCAUUUUAGUGCAUGUAUUAGUUUAAUAAUGAUUUUUGGUGCAUGCCUUUGGGCUUAUUCACAAGUGUACAAUAGAAAAGUGUAUCUCCUUUCUUAGAAAGGAGAUGUUUUUCUACUUUGCAACAUGUGAUUACAAAAAUCUUCCUCUGUGGGAAGAUUAACCAUGUAUUGAACUACUGAAAGUAUAUAUUUUUAGAUAUACAGAAGGAAUCUACACGGGGCAGCAUUCAGACCUAUAUAGAAGUCAUAAUGUUCUGUAUAGGGCCAAAAGGAAGUAACAUUAAACACUUAAACAGACUUUGUUGGGUAGAAAUACCUUUCGAUCUUGCAUUGACUUCCAAAAAGAAAAUGCCGCAGAAGUUUGCUGAAACUUUUGUUUGAAUUUUCUCUGUCAGUGUAUUUAGCCCAAAUGCAACAGCUUUGGGUUAGCACAAUGUAAGAAUCAAAACACAAAACUAAAUAGUUCAGUCUGGCUUGCCAAUCCAGCUUGACUGAAAUAAGUAACCAAUCACUUGCAAACUGAAAAACUGUCCAACUCCUUUAAGGUUUUGACAAAAUAACCUUGGCUGAUGUGGGAACACUCCCACUUUGAUUUCUGACCUGACAGCAAAGAUUCAUGCUUGACAUGACUUCAAACCUGACAGUGUCUGUUUAAGGAGCCAUGGUACAGUUUGCUAAUUCAAUCCCAGAAACCUGUUGAUUACCUGUAAGAUCUAGAGUCCAAAGCAGCCAGCAGCCGUAUCCCUGAGUGCUCUGUGCCCAUCAGAUAUCGUGAAGUAAGCAGAGUUGGGACAGGUCACAGCUCUGAGGAUUGACCUCAGACAAGAGCCCCAGAUUCAAGAAUUGUAUCUGCUUUCUUGGGAGUCAUCAUUGAACUAAUGUCCCACACUGCAUUACUUACUGUAGAUGCUCUCCAAGAGGAAGCCCAGAGCACAUAUCCUAAUUGCUUGUGGUACUCAGAGAGGGGGUGCUAACUCUGAUGCCCUGGCCAAAUUCCAGUUUAGGGAUGUGGGUUGUCUUGUCAUUCUAAUUGGAAAUGUCCAUCGCUUCCCAUUUUUCCUAUUGCUCUCAGUGCAAACUACACAAGUCUGUUCCUUUGCCCCAAUCCCAAGUCUCCAAGAUACUGGUAUUAUUUGGGCCAGGUUCAUGUCUUACCUUACUACAUAAGAGUUAAAGAAUGAGGGUGAGCUUGGCAUCAGGAUUCUCUGCACGUGGAGGGUAGACUCUUGUGAUGCUUAGGGAUGAAACCUCCACCCCCCCCCUUGGCAUAUGUUAGGGAAUGUGCACUGGUUGGAGGCUUCCAACCAUAAGGUAUGAGCUAAAACCAAUCUCCCCUCUUUUCUUAUAGCAUGAUGAGAAAAUCUGUUGGGUUUUCAGAGUUGGGGAAGGCCGGAGUUCUGCAGCUUUAAUCUGGGUAACUAGCUGGUUUAAUCUGGGUAACUAAGGCUGGUUUGAGCAAGACUUUGGUCAAUUAACUGGGUUCUCAGAUGCCACAGACUCCGUGAGAAGUCACCAUUAUUUUCAAUGGCCAUGAUAGAGUCCCCCUGUAGCCAUUACUUUAAGAUUACAUGCAGAGUUGCUUUAUUUUGAGCUUUUCGUGUACACACAAUCCCAAACUGGAAAAACUUAAAAAGGAAUCCUGCUGUGAAAGGUAUAUAUUACUCUAGAUUUUUCUUACUGUAAAUAUUGUAAGAUUGUAAUACUGUCAAUAUUUUAUUAACCAACAAAUGUUAAUCUAUGUGAAAUCAGACUUAUUUUAAAUGUGCUUCUUAUUUACUGUGUGUGGUCCCUGUUGCUGACAGUAUUAAGUUAUAUUCUGAUGUAAGAUUAACUUUAUUAAAGAAUGUAAACAUUAAUGUUUCCUUAUGGGAAAACAAAUAAAGUAUAAAGAAGACAAUUCUUUUCAUUGAAAUAUACUGUGUAUUUACACUUGCUAGACCCAGCACCACUUAUAAACUUAGUACACUGUCCAGUUUCAGUUAACACAGCUGACACGGUUGUGCUCCACUUGAAAGUCUAAGCCUUGGUGUUGUUGGAAUAUGAACAGUUUGUAUUUGUCUGCUGUGAAUCAUCUUGAAAUUUCUAAUCAAGUUUGUAAAAUUUUUAUAGUAAAACAUUUUAAUGACAAUUUAAAAAAUUACCUUCUCUAAAGAAUGGUCAAAACAAUGUCCUUUCAGAAGUAGAGUUGCUCUUUACUAUCUUUCCAAAAUGACUUUGGUUAAAUGGACCAGGUGUAUAUUAGUUAAAAUCUAGGGCUAAGUUCUUGAUAUUCUUUGAGUUUACAAGUUAAUCCUUAUUGGAGUUGUGCCAAUAUACAAUAGAAUAUCAUUAAUUUGCACUGUUUGGGGACCCCAUUUAAGAAUGCUGAAUUUUGCCAACUAAAAAGUAAGCAAAUGCAAUUUAAAAAGUAAAUUUGAACAUUCUGUGUUAAAUAUGUGCAGUUAUCAUAUGAAGAAGCGCAGUGUGUUGGGCUGUAAUAUAACCAUAUUUGCUGUCAUGUUCUCCCAUCUCAGUGCUGGGAACUCACCAUGUGGAAACCAAGCAACCGUGUUGUGCAUCAGCCGGCUUGAGUUUGUUCAAUAUCAAAGCUGAAGCUAGCGAGGUCUGCUGUACUGCUUAUUGAAGUAUUGUGAUUCUUUUAGGCAUUGAUUCUUACAAAAUAUAUACUGUAACAGUAUACUUUGUACAGAUUUAAAUUUUAUUUGAAAAAAUGAAAUAAAGUAGGCAAAAAAUAAAGAUGUUUAUUUUUCAUGUGACUACAUAAACAAAUCAUCAGUCUUUUGUUUCAAUGCUUU